UGCCAAUAACAACUUCAUCAAAAGCUGGUGUGGUGCUUGGUAAAGCUAGAAGGGUUUCACAUGAUGCACUCCUGUAUUUUCUUCUUGUGGCAGAAGUAGUACUACUAGUAGUGAGGCCAGUACGGUGGUCCUGAAAUCCAAUUCUGCUGUUGAUGACCAAGAAUGAAGAAGACUGACAGUAGUUUUCAAUAAGAAUAUUGAAUGUCAGAAGACCCAUUUUUUAUACAACUAGAGGAGAGUUAUAUGUUUUUGUUGUCUUUCAUACUGUGUUUCAAGCAAGAAGAUAGUACUGUUAUGUACGUGGUAAGAAGUAGUUGAUAGUAGUAGUAGGGGGUGGUGAGUAAAGGAUUGAAAAUUACAAUACUUUUACUAGUAUUACUGGGUCCAUUUUGAUAACAAUUCUUAGAAGAAGAACAUUACUACAAAAAUGUUUGCUAUCCUCUUAGUAGUGGAGCGUUUGCUGGGACUUUACCUCAACUCCCACCAGGAGCCAAAUCAGUUUGUGAACACCAGUCAAUUAUUCACGGCACACCAGUACUACUAGUACUAAUAGUUUGAGUUAUUUUUCAUGAAUGUUUCUAUUGUCCCUGUUGAGACUGGUGCAUAUUGGUGAUGCUGAUGUUGUCUUUGGUAUUUUGAAGUGCAGGUGUCUUAGUGCAAGGAGUGCCUUGUUCUUCCAAUCACUACUACUACUUCUACCAACAGUUGGAUUCCCAUAUCACAAUGCCAUAACUUGAAUCAAUAUUUUCUUUGUUUGGGUACUUUGAGAAAGACACUUCUAGCUAAAUUCAAUUAAGUCAUUCUUAUGGACAAGGAACUUGCCAUGUUCAGCAUUCUUAUCUCAGAAUUAAUAGCAGAAUGAUUAAGAAUCAAUGAUUUUACUAGUGGUUUAUGGCUAUGUUUGUUUUAUGAUGACACAUAACACCAUUAUCAAAAGGAGUAUAUAAAUUUGGAAAGUUCUUGUGUGGUGGACACAUGGUACUGUGUAUUACUACUAGUAGUAGUACAAAAACUAUUGUUUAUUGACCCUUGAUUUUGAAGCUAGUACUACUUUGUUUGAAUUUUUAACCUGAAAGAAGAAUAAGUCCUAAUCCAUCUUCUGUUCACAUUCUCAUGAUUUUGGGUCCUUCUUCAUGAAAUUUAAUGAUGUAGAUGGUAUUUUGAGAGUUGUUCAAGAACUCAUCUUCCGCAUGAGUUUUCCACAUUCUUUUUCUAAUAUUUUCCCUUAGCAUAUUAUUUGUUAAUCUACUGUGGAAGACCAGUAUUUGUGUCAGGGGCACUGGAGAAUAGCAAAGCUUUGACACCAAUAAUUCCUGGGACCUCCUAAACCUGAGUAUUGGGAUCUUUUUCCAAUCCAACAAUUUUGAUACUAUCUUGGGAGCAGUCUCUUGUGUCCAACCUUCCUUCAAGAAGAUUGACCUCUGGCUGUAGUGAAAUCAGUUGUGAAGAAUCACAUAGAUUCAACCGUGGUAUCACCAAGCAACAGUACUCCCAGCACCAGCCAAACUUUGAUACAACUAGUACUAUGACGACCAAAUUGUAAUCACAGACAAACAACAAGCAUGAUGGGAAGAAUUUGUGUAGUGAAGAGGAGGAGAACACUGCAGAACAUCUUUAUGUUCACGACUUUUUGAUUUCCCUUGAACCUUCAUUGUAGUUCAAACAAUCUUCAACAUUCAAUCCAUCAAUAUCAAAAUGGGUUGUGUGAUAUGUCCCUGACCCACUGGUGCAUUGACUUCUCAGUGCUCAUUUUGGACUGAGUUGAAAACACCACUGCUGGGGGGGCUACUAGUAGUAUAUUUGAAGAAGUUCCUGGCCUGCACCAAUCAGGCUGUAGUUGCAUGAUGAUUUGACACAGCAAAACCAGCAGUGUUAUCACCAAGUGGGAAGAUACAGUACUAUUGUAGCCAACUGCAGAUUCCUUGGGAGGUCCAGAUUGCACGGAUUGGGGGUGGUGAAUCAGGUUGGCCACCUUGAACAAAGCUGCUUGUUUUCAUCAUUCUUUCUACCAAGAAUGCAGCAAAGAAGAAGGGCACAGCAGAGAAAACAAGAAGUGAAUGGUGGUGGUAAACAAUUAUGAUUAUAACUACUACCUACUACUACUGUAAUCCUGGUUGGUGAGGCCGGUUAUUUUUGUAGGAGUGCUCAAAAUAAUCUUCCAAAACAAAUUGUCUCUGCCCUUCUUGUCUGAUUUGACAAAACUGGAGUGCCAGUCCAAUCAACAUUUUCACCAAGCAAACCAUAAACAUUGUUUUGCAAAUUUGUCAAGAAGAUGCCUUACCACUAUUACAAGAAGUGAAACAAACCUUUCUUCUGUAGUAUAGUUUAGAAAAGUGUCACAAAUGGCACAAGAUUGUGGUGUGAAGCACCACCUCCUCUUAGCUUUGUCUUGCUGGUGCUGUCCUGGUGGUGCUGGUACUACUUACUACUUCUCUUGUUGUUGUUGAAGAUGAUGAAUUUUUCAACAAGAAGCAAUACUGCUACUACUAGUACAACAAUCAAAGUCAAAAUCAUUGCUGCCCCACCACUUUAAGUUUGUUGGAAACAGGCAGGAGGCAGCAAGGAGCAAGAAGAAGGGCUUCUUGGCAAAUUGUUUAUUCUUUGUAACAAGUAAUAGCACUACCACUACUAAAAGAAUGGAUGCCAUUUUCAGCAAUGUUGUUUGUUUGUUGUUUGACAGGCAGCAAGAUUGUUUUGUACCUAGUUGGUGGUCACUCAUCAUUUUUGCAAGAAGGAUGAGGACAAACCAUGGUGCCACUGGAGUGUGGAGGGAAGUAACAUACUCUUCAAGCAUAACAACAAACACAGACACGAGGAUGGCAAGGGGUGAGGACAGACUUGGGCUGUAGUUGUACUAGUUUUAGUAGUACUGUAUUGGAUAGUACUAUGCCUGGAUGGCGAGGAUGCUAGUAGUACACCACCACCACCACCACCACCAGCAGCAGCCAGCACUACUACCACUAGUAGUACCACUAGUACCACUACCACUAGUACUAGUAAUACCGGCGAACACCAAAUCCAUCCCCGGCACGUGGCGCUCGGCCAAUCGGACGGCGGGACCGGUCCGUGCGAUGCGAUGCGAACGGUUCGAAUUGCGCGGCAACCGAGGGGGGGGGGGAGUCUGGAUUCGCGCUGGGGCAAUUCCGGAUCCGUCCGGCCCGUGUGGCUCACAAAUUGGCGCUGGGAUGUACGGUACCGUACGCACCGUACCGUACGCAGGUACCGUAUGGGGGUUUGGAAACGAGGGAAUGGCGCAGCGCGUACACACAACACACGGCAUGGCUCGGCACGGGCGGCAUUUGUUUUUGAAAUCAUCGAACAUGGAUCGGUGAUGCCAAGGCAGGUGUCGGUGGGUCCGUUGUUGUUCGUUGCCGCGGUGACGCCGAUGAUUCUGCCGUUGGGCAUGGUACGGUUUGUACGGCACGGCCGGUGCAAAAUUGAAUUCGAUUCGAUUCGAUUCGAUUCCAUUCAAUUACUGUAGAAGUCGAUUGAAUUCAAUUUCCGUGUGCCGCAAGGAAUCCUCUUUCCGCGCAUGCUCUUGUUCGAUUCGAUAGAUAGGAAGUUCCGACCCAAUGCACUACAAGUACUUACACCGCUACUCGUAAAUCUUCGGCAUCACCAACCGGGGCAACGAGAGAACAGUCGCUCCAUCUGCUGCACCUUCCGUUCCACCACCACGGUACGAGUACGGGCAUCUUUUGAGUGCAAGUACGAGACGAGUACGAGUACGUACUGUUAGCAUACGAGUACCGCAGAAGACUCCGGCAUUCCCCGUGCAACCCACCCCAUUGCACACAGCCAAACCGAAUCGGCAACAGCAACAGCAACAGCAACAGCAACAGCAACAGCAACAGCACCCGCCAUGGCAAUGAAAGCAAAGAAAAAAGGACUCCGGUCCAUCCUCUCUCCCCGCAAGUCGUACAACCAGCUGUCCGAGGACGGCGAAAGGGAAGGGGCACCGAUGCACUCCUUUCCCGGAAGAACCUCGCCCUCUAUGGUCGACAUUGACAUUGACACUGGCAUUGACAGCGGCGAGGCAAUGCCAGUGCCAAAGCCAACAUCAACGUCAACGUCAACGUCAACGUCGAUGGCAAUGCCGGAGAGCCCCGUUUCGGUCAUGGCUUCUGCUUCCUUUCCAGGCGACACGGCCAAGGACAGCAAUCUAGGCGGAGGCGACCCCCUCCGGCCCUCCAGCAACGAUGAGCCCUUUGACGAGGCAUUCGACGAGGCAUUCGACGAAGUGUUCGACGAGGCACACGGCCUCUCGCGCCCGAACCAACAGACCACCGUCGAACCCAGCCCGACCAGCGACAAGAGCGGCAGCGGCGACAAGAGCGACAAGACCAGCAACAACAACAGCGACAACAACACCGCCGACAACAACAACAACAACACCGCCGACGAAACCCGCGACGACGGUUUUUUCCGGAUGGACCUCUUCGAAACCGCACAAGCGGCCGCGGAACAAAUGGUGGAGCGGACGACCUCCCUGGGCCUGGGCUUUCGAACCCCUAGCCGUCCGGCCACCACCCCCGAGGCCUCCCCUGCGUCCAACGAGAAAGAGCAACCUGGCUAUUCGCAGCGGCUGGACGUGGACGUCUCGGGGGAGCCAAACCCAUGGGACCUCCUCCCGCAAGCCCGGACCGCCGGCGAACCUUGCACCCAAGACGCAAAGGCAAACGCCGACGCAAAGGCAAAGGCAAACCCCAGCGCCGACGCAAACGCAAACAACCACCCCUUUCGAGCCUGCGGCCGGUCGGUGGAGGAGCUGGUCGAGACCGGGAGGGAGUGCGUCGGGACCGUCGGGAGGGCCACCGAGAAGGCCGCCCUGGACCUCCUGGAGUCCUCUUCCUGCAAGGGCAAAACGGCAAUGGACUACCCGGCGGCCGGGUCGUCGGAGGCCCACCGCCGUUCCGAGCCGCUGGCAGCCCUCCACCCGCUCCUGGAGAAAACCCUGGAGGAGCUCGGGGACUUUGUGGAGUACCACCGGGCCCUCCUGGAGGAGCGCGGGGUGGUGGUGCCCUGGUGCGGAAGGGGGAAAAGGAAGGGGUCCAGACACGAUCCCACAGAAAAAUGCGACGAACACGAAAACGAAAACGAGCCCGUCCUCAACGUUGCCAUCGAGGUGGAAAUGAAGGAAAAGGCCUAGCCGAUUCGAUACGAUUCGAUUCGAUAUUGAUGCGCAUCGCAUCCAUGUCGCAUCGAAUUGCAUCCAAUCCAAUCCAAACAAGACGCAAACCGAAAUCCCUGCAAACGAAUACCACCCAAUCAAUCUUCUGUCCUUCAUAUCUUCUGCUAUAUUUUAAACCAUCCGUACAUUCUUUCAACAACUUCAAUCCAAUCCAUGAGAAGGCAAUCCAAGCAGUCUCGUAAUGUCUAGUAUUAUAUUACUUUUUCGAUGGCAGUGCCGUGCCGUAUCGUUACUGUAGCCUUAGCCCAUACUGUACAGCACUAAACAACAAAGUACUUG